AUGGCGGUGAUGGAGAAGCUAAAGAUGUUCGCUGUUCAAGAACCCAUUGUUGCUGCUUCAUGCCUCAUCGGUGGUGUUGGCCUAUUCCUUCCUGCCGUGGUGAAGCCUAUGCUGGACUCAUUUGAAUCAUCCAAGCAAGUUCGUCAACCUGAUUUAAACAAUGUGGUUGCAGGUAUGACCGGUAAAAGGCAGUGAUGAUAUAAAGGG